CUGACGGGGAGAGAGCGAGCCUACGGAGUGAGUGGAAAAAGAAAAGUCUGUAAAAAGAGAGGGAGAAACUACCUCAGACGGCGAGCUUUUUUCCUGUUCGAACGUGCCAUGUUAUGACUGUGGAAAUGACGUGUGAGUGUUGAAUAUGCAACAUUGUAUCACGACUAAACUGAUUAACAGUGAUACAUUUCUCCAAAUCGUCGUUUGGAUUUUUGUACAAUUCCCUUCUAUCGGCACGUUGGCCUGGGAUUUGCUGGCCCCCAACUUUGCAGUAGUGAGAUUGCUGGCCAGCGGAAAACUAAUCGCCUAAAAGACUCGGAAAGAAACUAGAGAAGGACUAGUUGAAAACAAACGGGGGAGCAGCAGGGGGCCCGAAGUGGAGCGCCCGAGAGCGAAUUGCGGACGUAGAACGAAGAACGAACGGAGCGAGAUCAGCCACGGGAGAAAAGUUUAAAGAGGUGUUUUGCGGUUCUCACCAACAGGAGAGGGAGGGUGGCCGACUUCACCCGAAAAAUUUGUUCGCCGUGCAAGUCAGAGAGCAAAGCACACUCAAAAUGAAAACCCCGGGGGAUACGGGGUUCGCUUUCCCAGACUGGGCCUACAAACCGGAGUCGAGCCCCGGCUCACGCCAGAUCCAGCUAUGGCACUUCAUCCUGGAGCUGCUGCGCAAGGAGGAGUACAACGACGUGAUCGCCUGGCAGGGCGACUACGGCGAGUUCGUCAUCAAGGACCCCGACGAGGUGGCGCGCCUGUGGGGCGCCCGGAAGUGCAAGCCGCAGAUGAACUACGACAAACUCAGCCGUGCCCUCAGAUACUACUACAAUAAGAGGAUCCUUCACAAGACCAAAGGGAAGCGCUUCACCUACAAGUUCAACUUCAACAAGCUGGUCCUGGUCAACUACCCCUUCAUAGACAUGGGCUCAGGCAGCGGAGUCCCCCAGAGCGCCCCCCCAGUGCCGUCCGGCGUGGGCUCCCACUUCCGCUUCCCGCCCUCCACCCCCUCCGAGGUGCUCUCCCCGAGCGAGGAGCUGCGCAGCCCGGGCGUGUUCAGCGCGGUGGCCCGCCGCAUGGCCCGCGGCUCGGUGAGCGACUGCAGCGACGGCACCUCCGUCACCUCCGAGCUGGAGGAGGGCAUCGGCGGCGGCGGAGUCGGCGGCGGCGGCCCCGGCGACGAGCGCGGCGGCGGCCCGGGCGAGCGGGCGUUCCGCAGCCUCCACGACUCGCUGUUCCGCGUCUACGGCCCGCCGCCGGGCGCCCGGGGCCCCCCGCACGGGCCGCCGCAGUCCCACCGCGCGCACCCCGAGAACCUCUCCCCGUUCCCGGUGUCCCCGCUCCCGGGCCCCGGGGGCCUGCUGGGGCCCACCCUGUCGCCGGCGCUGUCCAUGACGCCCAGCUCCCACCUGGCCUACACGCCGUCCCCGUCGCUGUCCCCCAUGCUGGGCUCCCACUUCUCCUUCAACCCGGAGGACAUGAAGCGCUACCUGCAGGCGCACACGCAGAGCGUCUACAACUACCACCUGAGCCCGCGCGCCUUCCUGCACUACCCCAACAUCGUCAUCCCCGCAGCCGCAGCGGCCCAGCGCCAACGCCAACGCCGCCGAGUCCAAGCCGCCGCUGGCUCCGCCCUCCCACUCCCACUCCCACGCUCACGCCCACUCCCACUCCCACGCUCACCUGCCCCUGCACCACGCUCACGGGCACGGGCACGGGCCGCCGGCCGCGGCACCCCCCCCAGAGGAGCCGCGCCUCUCGCCCUUCCAGUUCAAGCUGCAGCCGCCGCCGAUGGGACGCAAGCAGAGGGACGGGCCGCUGGGGAGCUCCUCCUCCUGCUCCUCCGCUGCGUCCGGCUCCGCACACCACAACUCCUCAGGGUCCCUCAGCCACUCCGCAGGCACGCCCAAAAUGUGGAGCCCAUCUCUGACGUGGAGUCUGAGGAAGAGGUGGAGGUCACCGACAUCAGCGAGGAGGACGAAGGUGACGUCUUCGCCCCGCCGCACCACAUCCACAACGGCCUGGGCCUCGCUCUGGUCCACCAGCCCCACCAUCCGCCGCAGGCCGCCACCGACAACGGCGUCGCGGCCGACGAGGACCUGGACGAGGACGUCUUCAAGACCCCGGCCGCGCCGCCCAACACCAACACCAGCACCAUCGCUCUCAGCGGCCCCUCCGGCGGCCUGGCCCUGCUGGGCCUGAAGAGCGAGCCGCGCGAGGUGGGCCUCGGCCCCGCCAGCCCCGGCGGCACCCGCUGCAUCCCCCUCAAGCUGCGCUUCAAGCGCCGCUGGAGCGAGGACCAGCGCCUGGAGGCCGGCAGCGACGAGGCCGACGACAAGAAGGUGCGCGCCGCCCCCGAGGAGGAUGAUUCCGCCUCCGCCGCCGCCGCCGGUCGCGACGAGCACCCCGAGGGCGACAUGGGCGCCUUCCGGCGGGCAGAGAACGGCGAGCGCCGCAGUCCCCCCUCCCCGCUCGUCCUGCCCCCGGCGCCCGCCCAGAGGAGGGUGAGCUCCGAGCUCCAGAGGGCCACGGCCCAGCUGUCCCUGGAGAACAACGGCUGCUGAUUUUGAACACACACAAGCACACACACAAACAUGCAUAUAUGAAUAUAUAUACACACACACACACACACACACACACACACACACACACACACACACACACACACACGUACAUGCCUACACACUAACAAAAUGCUGACACACCCUCUUAACCUCUCCCAUACAUGUUCAUCCAUACACAAAGCGUAAAACUAACAACGGACACAUACACAGUUUAGACACACACACACACAACAUGCAUUGGCGCAUGGUUUCUUAGACAGGUAAAGCAGACACACACACACAGACACACACAGACAGACAGACAGACAGAGGGAAGUGUCCCUUUUCUGAUACACAAGCAUACAUAUACUGUGUGUAGAGUUUAAAGCCUGUGCACACAAAUCUUUUCAAACUAUGUAUAUUGAAACAAAGUCCUGUUCUCAGUCACAUAACCUGCAGACACUGUAAAUACGACAGAACACGUAUACUGACGCUCCACAGUGCCGAGGCAGACACUAAACACCGCUUUUCUCCCAAUACUGACACGUCACCGAGCGGCUCAGGACAAAACUCCCUCCCUCAUUGGCUCCUGGUCCCCUUUGCCCUGCCUCCUUCAGUUAAGCCGGGCCCUCCCAUUGGCUUGUCCCGUGGCCCUAAAAAGACUGCCUCCUCAGCCAGUGAGGCAGCAAAAAAGCUGCCCGGCCUUGUCGUUAAGGGCCCUAGAAGAAGACUUUAAUACAUGCCUUCAACAUCAACAAACAAGAGAUUACAGAAGUGCCUGUCCCUUAGUCAAAACACACCAUUAUACGACCCAGAGGGAGAGGCGUGGGGGGGGGGAAGACCGUAGGAGACGCAGACGAACACGAGUUGCGUCCUAAAACCAGACUGUCUAGAUACUCACUAGACAUGUUUUGACUGACGGGAGUUCCACUUUAUUGCCUCUUCACACCAAUGGCCUUCUGGAGUCUGCCUUCUAGCAUAUGAUUAUGCCUGAUUCGACUUGGUCUGAGGGGGGAUGUAUUCUGUGAUUUUAGGGGACAGAAAGAAGUUGACAGACAGAUAGAUAAGUCGCCAUUAAGCAUCCCACCACCACCACCGCAUCCGCAUCCUUGAUUAAGUGAGUUUUGAUUCAAGGUCGUGCCACAUCAGGCCAAGUGUGUGCAAGUCCUUAAACUCCUAACAGGAAGUCCUUAAUUCCUCCUUCGCUGCCCUAGACUGACGGCUUGAAAAGAGCAGGAAAGAGGUCUGUGUCUGAUCGGCCCACUGCCAUGGGACCGCCUUCCCUGUCAUCCUCAGCCAAUUGGACCACCCUCGUGCCAGGUCGGGCCAAUGGGGUUCGCCCUUACCAGCAGGCCUUAGGCCGUAGUAGGACUGCCUUUUUGCUGGCCUCUGACGUUGGGACCAUGCUUCAGACUGAGAGGGGCCUUUCUUCACAUGUACAGCCAGGAUGCAGAAGAGAUUUUUAGGUGUUGCUUUGCUACCUGCAGUAACCAUGGUGAUGAUGAUGAAGAUGAUGAUGACUAUAAUGAUAAUGAUGAGACUGAUGUUGUGAUGUUAUUUUCUUUUCCCCUUCCCUGUUCUGUGUUGCUAUUACUCUUAUUCAUUCUAUGUCUGGGAAUGGAACCGGGGGAAAUUGCCUUAUAAGGAAGGCAAGCGUUUUAAAGGCAUUGCUUUUGACAUUUGCAGUGAAGAGUGGGUCUGGUGUAUAAUGCUCACUCACUCAAACAAGCGCACACACACACCCAUACACAAUGGUGAUAUUUAGCCAGGGAGUGUAUGUAUGUUUGUAUGUAUGUAGGUAUGUAUGUAUGUUUGUGUGUGGGUGUGGGAGUCAUCCCUAAAAUGUAAUGAUUUUAGAGCACAAAGUCCAACUCAGGCUGCGUUUUGUGGAUGAGGGAUUUAGUUUUCUAUGCGUUUCAAAUGGAAGAAUCUCAUCCCUGUUGCACUCACACCUGUGAACAAAUAGGAGCCCCAAGUGAGAUGAUGGUGCCUUAAACAUAUAACCGCCCCUGCUUUUAGAACACACACACACACACUCACACACACACUCAUACACACACACAGCCUUUAGAGAACACUUUACUCAAAUACGAGGCACCAGACUAAAUAAAACCUCACACUGCCAGUUUGCCUUCAUUUUAUAGCAUGUUUAGAGAGAAGAUAUACACAUAAGUAUUAUAUACAAUCUAUAUAUUUGAUACAGAUGAUUUCAUUUUCAGAACGUUAGUUUGAUAUAUCCCAUGAAUAGCUAUUUUUAAAAUGGUGUAAAAGUGGAAACGCGAGGGAAGAUUUUUUUCCACUUGAUUCUAGGCAGAUCAUCUCAACGCUCUUGUGACAAAUCAUUAAUGGUUGAUCCAAACAAUAAAAGAAGCCAUUGUGCUGCAAGUGAUCAAAAAAAUGGACAAAGUAUCUUAUAUAAAUAUAUAUAAAUAUAUUUACACAUAUACACACAUGCAUUUGUAAAUAGUCUGUAGCUAUAAAAUGAUGAAAACAGGCCUGUUUGGAGCCAUCAUGUUUAUUUUUGAACAAAAUGAAAUUUGGUGAGCGACUCUGCUGACAGAAGCAACACUACAGUGAGCGUCUGCCCCACGUAGCAAGGACCUAACCUGUCCAGGUGGACAACAAAAAAAAAAAAAAAGGAAAAAAAAUCGCAUAUAAACAAGCCUAAAGCUAAACCAAUCAGAAACGGACCCAGGGAUGAAGUCUCAGCACCUCUGUAUAUUUUUUCCAAGUCCUUCUUGUGUGCCUCUGGAAGCCCUCCUCUAGCAAGCGAGUGAGGGAGGGUGGGGGGGGGGAGUCCUCCACAGCCCCAUAACCCUGCCCAACCCCCCCCCCCCCCUCAGGAGCUGUCGCCUGUGCGCCGUCAAAUGAACCCUUGUCUUGAGUUUGGCCCUCGCAGGCUGCAUGGCCUCUGAGCAGAGCGAGGCCUCCAAUUGGUCCAUGCCAGACCUCACCGCUGCCUUACUCUUCAGGAAAAGAGAAAUAAACAAAACAUCAACAUGACAAAAAAACAAAAACAACAAAAAAAAAAGUACAGGAACAAAUAACGUUCCCCAUCAGUAUUGACUUGAUGUCUUUAUUAUUAAUAUUAAUAUUAUUAUAAUUAUUACAUUUUACUGUUCAUAUUAAUUUUUAGUUUUUAUGUUUCUUUCCAACAUUGAUACUAUUACUGUUAUUUCAAAAAGCCUCGCCUCGCAGUCAGCCCGACCCUUCCCAUGAUCCUUUGCGCUCGCGUGUGUGUGUAUGGACGGUCCUCCCCGCGUGUCCCAUCGCACACUGCUCUGUCCAGCUGACCUGUGCUGCCGUUGUGGUGAUUUGCUGUGUGUUUUUGGCUGCUCCGUGUCGUUAGAUGGUGAACCAAGAACAUGGGGAGGUUGCUGGGGAGGAGGGACAUAAUCUCCUAUCACAUUAUUUGUUAUAUGUUCUCUUUUUUUGGCCUUGUGUAUAUAUUAUAUAUAAAUAUAAAUAAAAAAUCUUUCUUUUUUUUCCUUUUUUCUUUGAUUUUUUUUUCCUUUUUUUUUUUUUGUGGGGGACUACCGGUAUGUAAGAAAAGACAUUGUAUUAUUUUACUGUGUAAAAGGUCUCUUUCUAUUAUAUAUAUAUCACUUCAUCUCUCUCUUUCUCUUUGUAUUUCCCUCUUUCAGCGGUUAUGUAACACUCUAUAGAGAGAGUUGAGAUCUUUCCCAUCAUGAUGAAACAUUUGUACUUUUUGUUGGUCUUGUAUUUUUUCCUUUUUCUCUUGUAAUUAAAACUGUAAUCAGGGUUCAUUAAAACAGGUU